CCUCGCGCUCGCGGUGUGAACACUGUUUUUGCAAUGCGGCUAAAUGUAAACUCUGAAGGAUUAUGUAUAUAGGAAAUCAGAAGGAGAACUUCUGAUGCAGAUAUGCUCAUCUGGACUCUAGCCAUGUGCCUGUGGUUGCACACCAACACUGCUCAAAAUAGUUAUGGCCGCGAGGAGCCUGCGUACCCUGGGUGGGAAGAGGACGGUUUGGGCCUGGCAGAGGACAUCUCGCUCACUCCGCUCUCCAAAGACUCCGCCCCCUUCCUCAACCUGACGGUCCAGGCUGGGGCCACAGCCACUCUUACCUGCGCCUUCAACGAAAUCACGGAGAAAACUACGGUAUCCUGGCUGAGAAGACAGGAGGGUCAGCUGCGUCUCCUGUCCGUAGGGCUGGAGAUAUACUCCAGAGAUUCCCGUUACACUUUCCAGCGCUCAGAGGACAAUUACUGGCAGCUGACUGUCGCCGGAGUCCAGGAGACGGACCAGGGGUUGUACGAGUGUCAGGUGACCUCACACCCUCCCCUGGCUUACUCGCGUUAUCUGCACGUAACUGUUCCAGAGCUGAAGAUCCUGGAUGAGAGAGGACUUCGGAUCCUAAGUAAAUUCUACAACGCCGGGAGUACUCUGGAACUCAAAUGUCUGAUAUCUAGAGUUCCACGACCUCAGCAUUUCAUUCUCUGGGUUCAUGGAAACCGUAUACUUAAUUUUGACACUACAAGAGGUGGAAUCAGUGUGAAGUCAGACAUCUUUGAUAAUGGGGUGAAGAGCAGCCUGUUCAUCGCCAACGCUAGUCCCCUGGACUCGGGGAACUAUACCUGCUCUCUGGCGGGUGUCGGGGAAACCACUGUGGCCGUCCAUGUCAUCAUUGGGGAAACACCUGCGGCUAUGCAGCACGGCACUGGCACUCUCCUUAGCUCAUCAAUCUGUACCUCGCUGUUUACAAUUCUCUUCAGUCUCUGGGAAAUGAGAUGACGUCAUUCACUAUAUUUACUUUUUCCAAUAACAACUCAUUUCACUCAACAAUAAUAUGAUUAAGUUAAAAGCUCCCUUGACUCAGUGGAUUUAUUAAUGGUGUUUAUAGGUUUGUUUUUGUGUGAUUUCUUGUUGUGUCGGGAUAUAAAUUUAUAGUUUUUAAA